AUGUACGGUAUCACCCGCUCCAUCCGCUCGACCCCCUUCUCGGCCGCCCGCGCCGCCACCCGCGCCUCGCCCUUCGUUGGUUCGAAGCGCUACAACUCCAAGAUCUCCGGCCCCGUUGUCGGCAUUGACCUUGGCACCACCAACUCGUGUGUGUCCAUCUUCGAGGCUGGCCAGGCCAAGGUCCUCGAGAACGCGGAGGGUGCCCGCACCACCCCUUCGUUCGUCGCCUUCACCAAGGAUGGCGAGCGCCUCGUCGGCCAGCCCGCGCGGCGACAGGCUGUCGUCAACGCCGAGAACACCAUCUUUGCGUCCAAGCGUCUGAUUGGCCGCAAGUUCUCGGACGCUGAGGUUCAGCGUGACAUCAAGCAGGUGCCCUACAAGAUUGUUGCGCACUCGAACGGUGACGCCUGGGUUGAGGCCCGUGGCGAGAAGUACUCGCCCGCCCAGAUUGGUGCCUUUGUUGUCGGCAAGAUGAGGGAUACUGCUGCUGCCUACCUCGGCAAGCCCGUCAAGCACGCCGUCAUCACCGUCCCCGCCUACUUCAACGACUCGCAGCGUCAGGCCACCAAGGACGCCGGCCAGAUUGCCGGUCUCGACGUCCUCCGUGUCAUCAACGAGCCCACGGCCGCCGCCCUCGCCUACGGCCUCGACAAAUCGGAGACUGCCACCAUUGCCGUCUACGACCUUGGAGGUGGUACUUUCGACAUUUCCAUCCUCGAGAUGCAGAAGGGCGUCUUCGAGGUUAAGUCGACCAACGGUGACACCCACCUCGGUGGUGAGGACUUUGACAUUGCUCUCGUCAACUACAUCCUCGAGGAGGCCAAGAAGACCGAGGGCAUUGACGUCUCGGGCGACCGCAUGGCCAUCCAGCGUAUCCGUGAGGCCGCUGAGCGCGCCAAGAUUGAGCUUUCGUCGACCUCGUCGACCGACAUCUCGCUCCCUUACGUCACCGCCACUGCCGAGGGCCCUAAGCACAUCAACCUCACCCUCACCCGUGCCAAGCUCGAGGCGAUCGUGAAGCCCCUCAUCGACCGCACCGAGGAGCCUUGCAAGAAGGCUCUCCGUGACGCCGGCAUCAAGCCCGCCGAGCUCAACGACGUCCUCCUCGUUGGUGGAAUGACCCGUAUGCCCAAGGUCGUCGAGACCGCCAAGGCCCUCUUCGGCCGUGAGCCCUCCAAGGGUGUCAACCCCGACGAGGCCGUCGCCAUGGGCGCCGCCAUCCAGGCUGGUGUCCUUGCCGGCAACGUCACCGACAUUCUCCUCCUCGACGUCACCCCCCUCUCGCUCGGUAUCGAGACUCUCGGCGGUGUCUUCACCCGUCUCAUCAACCGCAACACUACCAUCCCCACCAAGAAGUCUCAGACCUUCUCGACCGCCGCCGACGGCCAGACCGCCAUCGAGGUCAAGGUCUACCAGGGCGAGCGUGAGCUUGUCCGUGACAACAAGCUCCUCGGCAACUUCCAGCUUACUGGCCUUCCCCCUGCCCCCAAGGGUGUCCCCCAGAUCCAGAUCACCUUCGACAUUGACGCCGACGGUAUCGUCAACGUCUCGGCGGUGGACAAGGCCACCAACCGCGAGCAGAGCAUGACCAUUGCCUCGUCGUCGGGUCUCUCGGACUCGGAGAUCGAGAACAUGGUUGCUGACGCCGAGCGCUACGCCGAGACCGACAAGCAGCGCCGCGCUGUCAUCGAGGAGGCCAACCGUGGCGAGUCGUUCGUUACCGACACCGAGAAGUCGAUGGGCGAGUUUGAGGCCCAGCUCGACAACGAGGAGCGCGAGAAGGUCAAGAAGCUCCUUGCCGAGCUCCGCGAGAUCUCCGCCAAGGGCGCUGCCGGCGACGCUUCGGUCAAGGCCGAGGACAUCAAGGCCGCCAUCGACGCUGCCCAGCAGGCUUCGCUCGGCCUUUUCCAGAAGGUCUACGAGAAGCGCAAGGCUGAGGGUGGUGCCCAGGAGGGCGAGCCCUCGUCGACCGAGGGCGAGAAGAAGGACUAA